UGCUUAAAGGCCAUAGCAGUUCUUUAGGCUUAUUAUCAUUAGUAGUUUAGAGACCAUGGUUCCAUUUUAGAAGGAGUUCUUUAGAUAUAGCAGACUAAGUGAUUUUGUGCUCUUCUGCUUUUCCAGAGGAAUUGAAAUGAUGUGGUUAAAGAUCAAGUGAUUUUAAUUUCUUAUAUGGCACAGAGCAAUUUAUUUGAAAUCUGCACUUUUUAUUUUCAAUAGCAUAGGGUGUAAUGGAAUAAGUAAAGCAUCUUUCUUUUGUUAGUCACCUAUGAUUUUUGUUCUCACACCCAUCUCCAAUUGUCUUUUCUUUGCAAACCACCAAGAAGUUACAUAGAGCUUGUGAUGCUUCUGAGUAGUGGAGCUGCUGUGAUGUCUUGCUGCUUCUGCCCAGCAGGAUUGGUCCAGAUCGGUUGUAGCUCAGCUGCCUGUACAUGGUCAGCAGGCUCUGACCUCUCCCUGCCUUCCGAGUGACUUUGCUGAGUUAGUCUAGGGACAGGAGCUAAACCCCACACCCAGACACAGAGUUGUGACAGGUUGAUCCCCUGCGGGUCCAGCUGAGUUGAAGUGGGAUAGGAAUGGAACAGAAGCCUUUUGCUUCAGAAAAGAAUUUGUGGCAGGAGCAGCAAAUCCUGAUGACUCUGAAACUUGAAGAGGAAGCUUGUGCUGAAGUUUAUGUUGUAUAAGGUUCUGACUUAUUGGUAAAACCCUAGGAAGGAAGUGAGCCUGGUUGUGUUCUCUGUUGGACUGUGUUAGUGCUGAAGACUUUCUGAGGAUGUUUGUGAUAAUACAGAAUCACAGAAUAUUCUGAGUAGGAAGGGACCCACAAGGAUCAUCAAAGUCCAGCUCCUACAGGUUUCUCUGAAACCCUGGCACUCUGUGUGAAGGUUGCCUGGAGUGUAAUUGUAGCAGAUGAACUGGGUGAACUCUCAUAAACAUUUAACAGGUAUUGAUCUAGAGAAAAUAUAAUUUUGCAUUUAUUAGAUGCUGUUGGUCAAGCGCGUAGAUCAGAGAUAUCCCAAAUCAGGUAGAUAAUGAGUGCUCUUAUAAAGAGCAGAUAAUAAAGCUUUUUUAAGUACUCAUUAACAGUAACAAAACCUUGAUAAAACAUGAACUCUGAUUUUUAUAAAGUACUGAGCCUCCUGGAUUCCAAUGGAAAUCAAUGUCGGCUGUUGGUGCUAAGCAUCUCUAAACAUUGUGUUUGUGGUUUCAGACCCAGGUUAAAUCCCCAUUGACUUCAGACACUCUUUUAAUCAGCCUAAGGACUGAAUAUUUAGCCUUCUGACAGUCAUUCUUCUUGCAACAUUGUCUCUCUGUUGCUCUGCUUCACUCAUGGGUAAGAUUUUAUUUUCCUUAAGAAUUCAGUGUAUCUUCUCUGCAGAGAGCUCAAAUCUAGGGUCCUGCUCCUUACUAUGUACAUAAGCAUCUCUGAUUGUUACCCCCACAGCCCUGAGAAGUACUUACAACUUGGGCAGAAGUAGCACAAGAAAUGACAGCUCUUUCUGGUGUUUAAAAAUGUGUUUUCUAAAAAUAAUAAAUGGGAAUUAUAGAAAAGAAGAGAAAAUAUUAUUGUAGGGAGUACCCUGUACUGAACUCCCAGGCAAUGGGUUAACACAAGCAAGAUAAGGAUCAGUCAAAGAGUUAGGACACCAGUGUAUGGCACUGCUCUUUUCUGCUUGUAUUUGUUCUAAAGAAAUUUAAAGAUUUCUUUGAACAUAGUGUGUCUGUGUCAGGGACUGAAUUUGUAGCAUUUCUUUCUAUGUAAAGGAGUAAGGGACAUCUUCAGUUUUAAGCUCUUUUCGUGGUCUUAUACGCAAGCAGGAAUCUCUUCACUAGAACACUGCAUAUGUGUAUCCCAGGUUAAAAGUUAGCCUUUUAAAUGAUAACUUUAUCAUUCAUAUCAUAUACAAUGUAGCAGAGCAUGUGGAAGUGGGGAUGGGGCCUUAUUAUUGGUACUGGAUUACCUGGAAGGAGACCUAGGAUCCCAAAACUGUCAUCUGUGCCCCUCCAUCAUUGGAAUUGGGAAUUUCAGAACAGUUUACCUUAUUCUAGGAAAUUCUCCUCUGCUUUCCUUCAAAGCAAAUAUUACCUCAUGAUCACAUGCUAGACAACAUAGCAAGAGAAAAAUUCUUUUCAGUCCAAAAUAUGACUAUCAGUUUUUGCACAUGAGGCAUCAUCCCCAGAUUCUCAUGGCGAGUCAUCACGCUUCUGAUCUGCUUCAGUACCUAAGGCAGAGCUUGGUACCAAAUAAUCACGAAAUAUUGCUUAUUUUCUCAACUAUUACUAUAUAAUUAUACCUGUCAGAUGAGCAAAUUCUUGUUUAAUAACUUCCAGGUAGAUGGCUGCACAUUAUAUGAGGGAGGGGAUUUGCAGUUUGCAGAAAUAUGCUGUUCCAAUAACAGUCAUUUGUAACUUGUAAACUGUAUUUACCAGAUCUUAUGAGCAUUUCAGAGCAGAUGAAUCUGUUGGAAAGCCUUUUCCUUUUGGUGGAAACAUUUCCUAAUUAAUUGCCCUUCUUUGUGUUUCAGAGAAGUUAAAAAAAAAAAAAGCAUCAGCCAAUUUCACUUUACAUUUCUUGGCAUGUAGGAAUAAAGCCAAGUAUUCUUUCUUUUAUACAAUAGGAGAAACUAAGGAAAGGGAUAAUAAUUGAACAGAAUGAACUGGACAUUUCUACUGAAGGGGCAGGUGCCCACUGGCUCUCAUUUACUCUAGCAAAGAUUAAAAUAGAACAUCAGAAGAUUUGCAAAAACCAGAACAUCAGAUGCCCAAAAGAUGAGAGCUUGAGAUUUUCCUACAAAUGUUUAAUUUUCCACCAAAACAAAAUAACAAAGUGUUCAUUUUAGAAAUGUAUCUUUUAUGGUUGAUUAGGAAAUUACAGUAAGGGAACAGCCUGGUGGGCAUGGGAAUUUACAGUGGAUGCCCCAGAGCUCAUCACAGCAAGGACAGCUUUCAAAAGGACAAAGAAAGAAAGAAAAUCCAAGUGCUUUUUCUAGCCCUGCAUGAGGACAGGUCCAGAAGGCCAGCUAAUAGUCAGCCAUGCACACCGCUGUCACCAGCUUGGCAUUGGUCCUACAGACUCAGCAGCAAGGCAAAAAAUGAACAAAAAUUCUGCAGGAGCUUCCCUGCCUGUCUCUCUCCAACUGUAUAUCAGGCCUGAGGAAAACAGAGACAGCAUGGGAUUUCUCAGCAGGGCUCCUUUCCAUUUCAGGUCUGAGACUGUGGUGAUUUGUAUCUUUGAAUAUGUUUUUCUGUUUGUUUUCCUUUUAACAAUGCUGAAGAAAGGGGUGUCAACACAAAGGAAGAUGUAUGUGUCACUCCAUACUGCUCUGGUUUCUGGCAGCAGUCAGGCUGCUGCUUGGAACUGGCUGGAAAAAUUGCUGUCACUGGUUUUGUUGUUGGUUUUCUGAGGAAAGAAAAAAAUGCCAGCACUGAUAACUGAUUGACUCAGAGCAUACAAAGCCAUAAAGUAAAAAUGUGCCCAAAGAUUUUCCUCAAAAACCUGAAACCUUCCAAAUGUCACCAUGAUGCUUCAGAGUGCCUUCUCUUGCAUAUCCUGUGUCCCAGGGACCUCAGUGGCUUGGACCUGGAAAUGAGCAUCACCUCCCCUCCUUAGGCAUCCUUAUGGAAGUCUCUGGCUGCAGUAUCCCAUGAGAAACGCCCAUCAAGAGAACACAGCCCAUAAAACGUGUUCUGCCCAUCUUCAGUCUCCAAGUCACAGAAAUUAUGAGGUUGGGGGUGCCUCAGGCAAACAUCUUGUACAGUCCAUGCUCAGAGCAGGGUUAGUGACUGUGAGUUGCUCAGAGCCACAUCCAGUUGGAUUUUGAGUAUCUCCAAAGAUUGAUAUCCUGCAACCUCUCUGAGCAACCUGUGCCAGUGCUUGGUCAGCCUCACAGUAGAGAAGUCAAUCAUGAUAGCAGCACUUCCUAACACAAAACCUAACAACUCCAGAUUCUUUCUCUCUCCCUCUCUCUUUCUUUGGUUUUGUUGUUUUUUGGGGGGUUUUUUUGAUUUUUUUUUUUUAAGGGAAAAGAAAGAGAUGCAACUAUUUUCAUAAAAAGAAACCAUUUUUUUUUAAAGAUCACUUAGUGUUUUCCUCAACAAACUCUCCACAUGGACACUUUGGGAAUAAUUCCACUACUUCUGUCUUCAUACCAGAGCAGCACCUGCCUCUGGGUUGUGUUACACUGUUGACAGAAGGGUUGGUGACACCAUUGAUCAUUUGUAACAUUAUUUAUUUAUUACCUGCUCCAACACCCAGUGAAAGAUUUCUCAGGAUGCCAGAGCCAGCAAAGUCAACCUCAGCCCCCAAAAAGGGCUCCAAGAAAGCUGUGACAAAGACCCAGAAGAAGGGCGAUAAGAAGCGGCACAAAAGCAGGAAAGAGAGCUACUCCAUCUAUGUCUACAAGGUGCUGAAGCAGGUUCAUCCUGACACUGGCAUCUCCUCCAAGGCCAUGGGCAUCAUGAACUCCUUCGUCAAUGACAUCUUUGAGCGCAUUGCUGGAGAAGCCUCCCGCCUGGCCCAUUACAACAAGCGCUCUACCAUCACCUCCCGGGAGAUCCAGACAGCCGUGCGCCUGCUGCUCCCAGGAGAGCUGGCCAAGCAUGCUGUCUCUGAAGGCACCAAGGCUGUCACCAAGUACACAAGCUCCAAGUAGCCAGACAUCACCUCUGCAACGGGACCAUCAAACACCAGGCCCUCCAUGCAAGCACGGGUAAGCAGCCAUCGUCUGGAUAAAUGUCACAGCUAUUAUCCACAGCAAUUUGCAGCCUUGGGAUGGGCAUGAAAAGCUGCCCAGUGGAAGAGGAGACAGUGAUCUGGAUGUCAGCUGAUUUUCAUAGUCUGUUCAGGACGUGGAAAGGAUUUGUCAAGGCUCAUGGAGGAGGCUCUUGCUUUCACAUCUCAUUGAAAGAACUGAGCAACCAUACUGUAUCCAGUCUCCUCUGUGCUUAGCAAACAUGCAUGUUUGGCACUGGCAGGGGAGACUGGCAGUGGCAGACACCAUCCCUGAAGUCUUCCUGUUUGACUGCUUUCUCACAGUCAUCUGAUACGGGCACUGAGGAGUCAGCACUGGCAUCCUCUCUGUCAUAGCCUGGAUCCCUCCUGAUGUGCAGUGGCUCAGCCCACCCUGUGCUGGCAGAAGCAACAGCUACCAGGCACACAUUGAUUCAACAGCUAUCUGUGCUUGACAGCCUGUUUUAAAGAGCAAACCUGGCAGGCAGGCAGAUGCCCAAGUUGAUACCAAGUGCUAAUCCUCCUCAUUGCUCCCGAUGGAUGAGCCAUGGAGCAGGCUGAGGGUGCUGGCGCUGCCUCCACCUUGUGCCGAGGUGGAGAGAUGGACAAGGCAAAAUGUUGGGACUGGGUCACCACCUUUCCUGGCUGCUGCUUUGCCUGCUUUAGGACUUGCUUUGAUGUGCAAGACUUUGCUAAUUCUGCUGCUUUUUACAGACUUUUCCUGCCUUGACGCUGCCUGGGCACUCCCACCGUAAGUGUGGGUGAGAAGGGAUGGGGCCCAUGAGUGUCCCCUCUCCUGUGAGCUCUAGGCUGGUACAGGACAAACAUUAGAGAAGUGUUGGGAGGGGACUGAGGAUUUGGGAAGGCAUCUGGUAUGGAAGCAGAGGUGGGUAAUGCAUUUUGGGGGGGAAAGAGGCUGGCUCCCUGCAGAGAUCACUGCAGGCAGCUCACCUGGCCCUGCCUUCCCUGCUUUGUUCAGCAGUUAGAAAGCAAAACCAAAAACUGGGGCUGGGUGGACGUAUAGGGACACUCUCCUGCAUCCCAGAUAUUUUAAAGAUUACUCCCCACAUCUUCUCAAAAUCCACAGUAAGGUGAGCAAUAAUAGAAUCUUGUUAAAAGCCAUAGAGAUUAGUGGAGGCAUAUCUUGGUUACAGGUUUAUCUUGCCCAGACUGCUGGAUAGCAGAAGAGCAUGUGUAGCACUGGUGUGAAGUUGAAACUUCCUACUCAAAACACAAAAUUAGCCAACAUUAAAAAAAAAUCAAUGUCUCUGGUAGGCAGUAAUGCUCAGAUAAAAAAUAUGCAUGUCUAAAAUAACAACAGUUUUCUGCAGCUUAUUCUGUAAAUAAAAGGAGCAGCAAAGGCACAGGAUCCAGAACUAAGUGCAGAUUGUCCCUAAACUCCAAGACCUUGUUUUUAAUGGAAAAGUAAAUUCAUACUCCAAAAUAGCAGCCUUGCAGUACAUCUCUAACUUUCCCCUGCAUUUAUCUCUAUCGUGUUUCUUUAUGCUUUGAGAGUGAUUGGAACCUUUAAAAAAUUUAGAUUGCUUUUGGAGCUGUAGGACUCUGCCUCUCCAGAAAAUUCAGUUAUUCCUUGGGUUUAUUAUAACAUUGCAGUCAUUUUUCAAUUGGUCUGAGGAGAGGACUGCAUAGACCUGCUCAACCAAGAGCACCUCAGAAACCCAGGAGCAGCCUGGAUGUGUGAUCUCUGUGCAGGAGUGAAGGUCAAGUUGUUUAUGGGCUGCUCCCAGUCCCCUGUAUUGGUUUGAACACCCCACACCUGAAAAGGGACUUUCCUACCGCACUCUGCUCAGUGAUAACACACGGCUGUGUUUCAUAGCCUAAUGCCAGCAGGAAUGUCUGGUGAUAUCUCUCAGAAAGAACAGCACCUGGUUAGCUGGCUGCCAGGACCCACAAGGAACUGCUCCCAGCAGCAGCACCUGUACUUAGCAGUAUUGGUAACCUGGGCCACUUGGCCAGGACACUUUGGAGGUGACAGCUUACUACUUACUUUUGUUUUCCAAUCAAAGACUCAAAAUCAGAUACCAAAGAUUAAAAUGUACCUGCAGUGGGCCUAAAGCCACCAUCCUUGGCCAUCAGAAAUCCAGACGGUGGAUGAUGCAUAAGGGGAAUAUAGGGAGUGAAGGGCUGGUUGACAUUGCUGGAGCUUUCUUCUUCUGUCCCUAUGAGCUGCAGGUCAGAAUUCACCCCCCUGGGAGUCAUCUUGAAGGUAGAAAUUCAAAGUGGAAUAAACUUACUCCAGCCUAAGCAAUGUGUGCGAGCCAGGACACACAUAUCCUAGGAUUACUUGGCACAACCUCUAAACCCUCACUCUUUUGAGCAGAGCAGAGUCCUGCUUCAGUCUCCACAAGCUGCAAGAAAUCAGGAAAAUAAAAUGAGAUGUCAGUCCUCCAGGGUCACCUGGGUGGCUCGAGGAGCCAGGAAUGAGGCUGGUCUUUUGGGCAAGAGCUGCUCACCCCAUACACCUACUCACGGCACUGGUCCCAUUUGCUUCUGCCGUUGUUGCCACUCUCCAUUUUUGGAGCUUGUUUCAGAGAGAAGAGAGACAGUGAUUUAAGGCUACAAAAAUACCUGAAGACUUAAAGAGGAUUUUUAUAUUGUCUAAAGCUGAGUGACUGAGACUGAUCACAUCCAUCCAUUUAUAGUUUAGGUUGUCCUUGCACACAUCAUUUGCUCUUUAGUCUCCCUUUGUAUUUUUUUUACUCACCCCUGACAAUGUGAAGCACAGGAUUGAGGAACUGAUCCAUGUUAAAAUGAAAAAAAAAUUUUUUUCUCUUCUUGAAAUCUUUGUUUUAACCCAGUUCUGGUGGCUGCUCUGUGCCAGUGAAAGGAAGGGAUUAUCCAGGAAAGGCAAGGCUGGUAUAAGCUAGGACUGACACAGAAAGCAGUUGGGAAGUUAAUGGCCCUAGUGUCAAGGAAAAAUGAAGAAAGGAAAUCUGAGUCUCCUGCAGUGGUUGAGUUAGCAGCAAAGAUGAGGCUUUUAAAUAUGCCUCAGGCUUUUAAAUAUGCAAGUUUCUCUUGCAGUCCCGAUGCUGGAAAUCAGUUACAUCCCAUUUCUGCAGAUCUCAAAGGACUCAAGUGUUUCACAAGUGAAAGGGAGCAGGUUGGGAAGGGGACUCUGCUCCCAUGCAGCCACCCAGCUGUAGCAGUUGGAGGCUCCUUGUUCAGGCAAGCCUGCAAGGCAGCCUGCCCUUCCCACAGCUGCCUGCUGCUGUACGGGAGCACACUCACAGCAGUUUAACAGGAAUUAUUUUGAAUGUGAUGAGCUUGGACUGAGCCUUAAUAUUAGAGGAAACAGAAGGUGGUCUAAAAGUUCAAGGAUCAAUUGUCCGCUAAGUAAUCUGAGGUGUGACAUACUUCACAGUUCCCUGAUAAGGAGAUUGGCUGCAGAAGAGGGGUUCUACACUCCAGGAUCCAUGCUUUUAAAAUAAUACAUAUUUCCAGAUCUGGAAUUGAUAAAAUCGUUUAAAACUGGAGAUAAUAUACCAAGCCCCACUGUCCCUACCUGAUUCCUACUGCAGUCCCAGGAGUAUCUCUAGGCCACUCCUGUGUUUUGUGAGUUAAAAAAGUAAAUCAACUACAGAUUAAAAGUUGGAAAGGAAGAUGAAAAAUGUAAUACAGCCUUGCUAUUAACCUCAUAUUAACCCCAAGGACAUCACAGCACUGAGUUAUUUAUUUUUGUGUACAAAAGAAAUAAAACAAGCUGCUAUAGAUCUGCAUCUGAUUUUCCACCCUGCUUCGCUAGAAGGCCUUAAAGUCCACCUGCCCUUCACAGCACAGCUCAACCUACAGAGGAAUUGAGUGGCCACCUGCAUGGAGGUUUGCUCCUGCUCAGGACAGACAGGUUUUUAUUCAAGCUUGGUGAAAACAAGCGUAGAAACAAGUGUAGAGGAAAGUGCUUGUCCUGGACACCACUGUGUGUCCUAGGGAGGGACAGUACAGAGCCCUGCCCAGCAGAGCUGUGUGGCUGUGCACCCUUCUGCUCUGGUGACAGGCAUCCAUGCAGAUAGCUCCAUGUCCUGACCGCCCCUGGAGCAGAGCUUGGCAUGGCCUCUGAGCAGCCCUGAGCAUUUGUCCCAUCAUAGCAUUUCCUGACGGUUUACAUCCAGAUCAAAUUGUUUACAGGGAAAGGAAGAAUGUGAACUAAAUCAUAGAAAUUAUUUGCUGACAGAGUUUUGAGAGCUCCCUGGGACCAGUACCUGGGGAGCAAUCUUUCAUGCUUACUUCAUGCAUCGUGUCUUGUGGGCUUAUGUACAGUUUUUCUGACAGUAAGUGUUACAUCAAGUAUGAUCCAUGUUAUAUUGCUGCUGGUUUAUGACCUAUCUUAGUGCUAAUUACUUGUUUUCUGUUAAAUGUAUAAAUAAAAUAUAAAUGCCAACCUGUUGGAAAUCAAUGAGACCCAGCUGUCAGGGUGUCUUUGCUUCCUUAUUACCUUUGCUACCUUAUUACCAAGGUCCCCCCAGGUCCUGCAUUUCUCCUUCUCCAUGGUAUUUCCUUCAGACCCAGAGUGACAGCAACCACCCUUCCAACAGAAAUGGAGCCCAGCUGGUCCUGGCAGAGGGUCAGUGAAAAACCAGAGGAGCCCUGCACUGAAAGGAUGUCACAGGCUGCCACUGUGAGUCCUCAUGGGGGAUCACUCACCCCAAACACAGGUGCAACAUAAACAUCUUUUUUUCUCAAGCCCUUCCAGUGAGCUUGCCCCAGACAGAGCUGAGCCUGCAACCUGUCCUUGCCACACUCCUUGUGUGCUCGGGGAGUGCUCUCCCUGGCACCCAUCACUUAACGCCUGGGUGAGAACAGUUUUGACUUGCACAGACUGAACACUGUGGUUGGAGAAGUGUUUUAUGCACAUUCAGAUUUUCUGUUCAUCCGAAUCAACAACUGCUCCCCUAGAAACAUCUUUCCUUGGGCUAUGAGAAGUUUAUAGGCAACAAACAUGGAAUAAGAUGUAGUGUCUGAAAAAUCCAGGAUGAAAAAUACCUUCCCUUUAAAGAAUGAUUGCUAAAUACGUUCCAGUGAAACACUCACCUGCUGGACAUCAGCAUCAUAAUGCACUCAGUGGAGUGGGAAAUGAAUAUGCUGUGCUAGACAUUGUUUGCUGGAGAAACAAGCUAAGACUUGAGAUAAGCCAUAUGAUAGA